CAGGGCAAACCGCCUCUGUUCUGCUAUUUGUACUUCUGAUUUGCUUACUUUCCGCCAACUCCAGCGUCUGACCUCAAGGGAAAGAAAGUCUUUAUACCUAAGUCCGGCAUAUAUAAGAGCGAUAACGGGUAUAAAGUUUAUAACACUCAGUGCUUUCCCUCAGUUUGAAAAAAUGGCAGGAAACUCAAUUUCAGCACAGCUACAGGCUCUGAAAUCUCUCUCUAACGUGCACGCCGAUUCUGAACCCCUCAAAAAGCCGUUCACUCGCCCCUCGCUCAUAUUCGACCCCAAAGAGGCCGCUGAUACCGACCUUGACACUAUCCUCAACAUUGCCCUCUCUGGAUUGGAGGUUUUAAUAGACAAGGAAGAGAGGUUUAGGAACUACAGGAACGAUUUGUUUAGUUACAAGAGUAAGGAGCUUGACAGGGAGUUGUUGGGGAUUGGAGAUAAUGACGGAAUUAAUGCAUCAAUUAGCUCGUAUUUACGGUUACUAACAGGGUAUUUGGAAUUGAGUUCUGCUGUGAACACCUUGGAGUAUUUAAUCCGUAGAUACAAGGUUCAUGUGUACAAUACCGAGGAGCUAAUUUUAUGUGCAUUGCCGUAUCAUGAGACUCACGUGUUUGUUCAAAUAGUACAAUUAAUUAACGCAGGAAACAGCAGAUGGAAAUUUCUCGAUGGAGUUAAAACAUCAGGUGCUCCACUGCCCAGGCAUGUCAUUGUACAACAGUGUAUCCAAGAUAUGGGGGUUUUGGAGGCUAUAUGUAAUUAUGCUGCACCUUUAAAGAAGAUUCACCAAUCAAAAGUUGUGACUGGGUUCUGCACAGCAGUCGUUUUUGAGGUUUUGAGAGUAGUGACUAUUGAUAGUGAUGUUGUGAAGAGGAUUCUUCCAUAUUUGAAUUCUGGACUUCAACCUGGUGCCAAAGGAUCGAAUCAGAAGGCUGGUGCUCUAAUUAUUGUUACUUUACUAGCCCAAAAAGUGGCUCUGGCCCCAAAUGUCGUUAAAGGCCUAAUGCGUUCAAUUGCUGACAUAGUCAGGGCAGACGUAAACGAAUCAGCUGACUUACAAUGUGUCCGCAUGUCAUUUAUGGCCCUAAUCAACUUUGUUCAGCUUCAAUCAGUGUUAAUUAUACCAAGGAAGACUCUGGAUGUCGUAACUGAAAUCAGGGAUAUUACGGGGAUCCUUUUGGGACUGACCAAGGAUUACAAUAUUGACAAAUUCCUUGCUGUGUUUCUGGACUCCCUUCUUGAGCACUGUUUGUCUGAUGAUAUCCGCCAUUCUACUUUAUUAUCAAUGAUAGAGACUAUUCCUUUGAAAGAACAAGUUAGUCAUAUAGUCUCUAAGCUUCUUAAUACGUGCAUGAGGAUAUCAUUUGACAAGAAAUAUUGGGCAUCUUCUGAAUCAGGAAGCCGUGCCAGGAAGAUACUGGAUGCUGUUCACAAACACUACCAAUUUGAAUCAGGUGGAGCCAUUCACAGAUUCUUGAAGGAGGCCAAAAUGAAGUUCAAGAAAGAUUGUUCGAGCUAUGAUAUGCUGUGCAAGAUAUUUGAUGGAAUCUUGGAUUUAUCAAAUGGAAUAUCUGAUUUGAAAUUUCUGUUUGCUCUGGAACAUCCAGAGGUCGAGGUUCGGAGGCUAGUGCUCUCGAGCUUGGAUGUUGAUGGCAUUACGAGGGAGAAAGCUGCUGGCUCUAAGAAAUUUGUUGCCAUUCAAGAUGCAAUACUGCAGCAGCUUUAUGAAGAUGACCUAAGUGUUGUCCUUGCUGUUCUGAAUUUAAAGAAGUUGUCUGAAAUAAUAAAUUCUGCGCGUCUGAUUGAAGCACUCCAACAUGUGAUUCAGAGGUGCAGUGAGAUCUUAUUGUCAAGUUCAUUAAAUAACUCCUCUCUACCUUACAAUGCUGCUGUGUUGUGCCUACAACAACUGAUUAUGAGUUUCAAAGAUCUCGAAGAACAUGCCUCAAACUUAGCGAUGUCAAUUUUCCCAUUAAUCCUAAUUCAUCCCAAGACCUGGAGAUUGAAUCUGAAGGCAUUGGAAUUAGCUAAGGAGUUAAAAUGGUCUCUUUACAGGAAUCUUAACAAUCUUUCUGGUCGACACAAGAAAUUGGAUCCUGAACGGAUAUCUUCUGUUAAUAUGGAGAAUAUCAGUAAGUUAGCAGAGACAUUCUUACUGAACCCUGAGGAGUACAUGCCGUGGCUUACUAAAUGUUGCAAUGCCCACAUGCAGUCAAAGAAAUUGUUCUUCUCGAUUUUGUUGCAGUCAUUAAUGGCGUCAGAAAUUGAUUUUGGACAGUUUUCUGUGCUAUUUGAUUCUUGCUUUCCAAUUCUCAGAAAGGAGUGGGGAAUGCUAGAGUCUGUUGGGAUAUCAUCAGAGCAGCAGUCAAACAGAAGAAUUCUGGAUGAAGAUUGCAUAAGAAUCUUAGAACAUGUGUCUGACACCAACAUCAAAGACCUGAAUGUGGAGAUUCUCGCUUGCUUGUUUUGGAGGCUACUAGAAGCAUUAAUUGCAACAGCACCUGAGGAUGCAUCUUUGGAUAGGAAGGGGAAGUGGGUAUGCAUGCUUCAGGAUUUAUUUUUUUUCUUUGCUUCCAACUCCAAGGACAUUUUCAAGAAGCAUUUGGAAUACCUUGUUAUAAAAUGCAAGAUCUCACCAUUGCAAAUGAUGUUGAAACUUUUUACUGAAGAAGGCGCUCCACCUGCUGUUCAAGCUGAGAGUCUCUGUUAUUUCUCAAAUCUUUGUUCUCAGACAGAUGAUGGCUCAUCUCUUCAGCUCCUUGCCGAAUUUCCUGCGAUUCUUGUUCCACUUUCAAGUGAUAACCAGAAUGUACGAGUUGCUGCCAUGAGCUGCAUUGAAGAGCUAUCUAAAGUGUGGUCCCAUACUAGUGACUCAGGAUCCAAUAGUGGAAAUGAUGGAGUCUGGUUGCAUUUUCUUGGGGGUCUGUUAGACUUAGUGGUUCGGCAGAAGAAGCUGAUAUUAUCUGACAGAAAUCUUCUUAGCUCUUUCUUCACAUCUCUGCUCAGUUCCUCAGCUCAUAGCUUGUUGGUGCAACAGGCUAUUGGAAAUAGAUUUGAUCAAUCCACCAAAGAUGAGAUCCUGGUUUUCAUGCUUGGCUACAGUCUAGGGCUUUCUGCAUAUGCAAAGCUGAGAAUCCUUUCUUUACUCAAAGGUUUGGGAAGUAAAAUUAUGUGUGUUGUGGGAGUGAGAUCAUUAUUAAAUGAUCUUUUAGAAAGACGUCAUCAAUAUCAUCUUGAAAACAACAGAGCAUGUGAGAAAUUGUCAAAAAUUGAAGUUGACAUCUUGUGCCUUUUGCUUGAGAGCUGUACUAGGCACACUUCAGCAUAUGGUGGACAUGAUUUUGAAGAUCCUAUAUCAAAGGCUUUGCAGUUAAAUGGUAUAUACACUGAAGAUUCUGCUGUUGUGGAGCCCUGUAUUACGGCUUUGAGAAAUCUGAGCUCUUCCUUGUAUGGAGAUAUGAGGACCGAAACUCAGGAGUUCAUCUUUCAAAAUAUUUUGAUUCUGUUUCGGAGCGCCAUGGGUGAUAUACAAAAUGCAGCUAGAGAGGCCUUGACGCGAAUUCAUAUCAACUCUGCAAUGGUUGAUCGGGUGCUUAAUUCAAUUUUGGGUCAGAAUCACUGCUCAGUUGGGUUAGCUCAUGGGAAGAAGAGAAAGGGAGCACACAAUUACCAGAAUCCUGAUCCGUAUAAUUUAAUACAACACAGAGAAAAUACACUACUACUUGUGAGCUCCUUACUUGACGUAUUGCUCCUGAAGAAGAACAUAGAGAACAGAUCUUCACUACUGGGUCCAUUAUUUAAGCUUCUUCGCAUGAUAUAUAUGAAUAACGAGUGGCCGCACAAGACUACUGACAAAGAUACGAAGCAUGAAACUUCAUCUGGUACUCUUCAGACUUUAUCUGACACUGCCGCUUAUAUUCAGCAGACUCUGCUAUCUACUUUGGAAGAUAUCAGUGCUUCCCUUGUAAAUGAUAUUCCGGGAAAGGGUGACAUUGUUCAGAAUUUUGACUUGGAAUUGUUAGUCAAUUAUGCCCGCUCUACAAGUGAUGCGAUUACCCGCAAUCAUGUCUUCUCGUUACUUACAAUUCUUACCAAAAUUAUACCCGACAAAGUUUUGGACUACACAAUGGAUAUCAUCACUGUGAUAGGGGAAUCUACUGUUACACAGUGGGAUAGCUAUUCGCAACAUGUGUUUGAAGACCUUACAUCAGCGGUUGUACCAUGCUGGAUAUCUAGGACUGACAAUGCAGAGAAAUUUCUUCAGAACUCCUCUCAGAUUUUCGUAAGUAUACUGCCUCAAGUUGUGGAACAAAGGAGGCUCCCCAUUAUUGUGCACAUAUUGAGGACCCUUGGAGAAGCUGAUAGUUUGGGUUCUCUGCUCUUCCUCCUCUUCCAUUCAUUAGUCUCAAGGAAGAGCUUAUUUAGUCUUAGCAGCAACCCUUCCUUGGAUCAAUUAACCAGUAUCAUCAAUAGACAGUGGGAGUAUGUAUUUGCUCUUCAGCUAUGUGAGCAAUAUUCAUGCACAAUAUGGCUUCCUUCUGUAGUUUCAUUGCUUCAGAAAACUGGAAACAGUAAUCUGAGUGAAGAUAUGGUUCUGGUGAUCCUGGCCGCUGUGCAAUUCAUUUCAGACAAGCUGCGAGAUCCUGAAAUUGCUUACAAGCUUGAUUCCGGAGAAGAUUUGAACAAGAUUCAGGUUACUGUUGGUGCACUCAUGGAGCAAGUUGUCUUUCAUCUACAACUGAUUAACUCGAAAAGAAAGCAUAUUAGUCUUCCCUCUGUCAUCAGGAAAGAACUGAAGGAGUAUUUCCAUGCUGUUUUAAAGACUGUUACUAAUGGCCUGCUACCAGCAACCUACUUCUCUGUCAUCAUUAAUUUACUUGGCCACGUUGAUAGGAGCGUGAGAAAGAAGGCUCUUGGAGUUCUGUGUGAGACGGUGAAGGAUUCCAUUACCAUUAAUGCAAAGCUUGAGAAAAGAGGACUAGUUUCAAGCAUAAGGAGCUUAUGGCUUCAUCUCGAUGAGACUUCUCUGGAGUCAUUUAAUAACUUGUGCUUGGAAAUAUUAAAAUUAGUUGAUUGCCCUGAUGAUGACUCAAGUACUUCACUGAAACUGGCAGCUGUAUCAGCACUGGAAGUUUUGGCCAACAAAUUCCCGUCACAUGAUUCAGUCUUCAGCAUGUGCCUUGGAUCUGUUAGCAGAAGAAUCUGUUCAGACAAUUCUUCUCUCUCUUCUCGUUGCCUUCAUGCUACUGGUGCACUGAUUAAUGUACUUGGGCCGAAGGCUCUGCCUGAACUUCCGGGUAUCAUGGGAUGUGUGGUAAGGAAAUCUCGUGAUGUCCCUUCUGUGGCUGCAGAAACCAAAAGGAUUGUGGACAGGACUACUGGAUCAUCAAAUUUGAAGGACACCCUCUCCAUUUCUAUCCUUCUCACCUUAGAGGCAGUUGUUGAUAAGCUUGGUGGAUUUCUCAACCCAUAUAUGGCAGAUAUUUUAGGACUUAUUGUGUUGCAUCCGCUUUAUGUUUCCACCACUGAGCCAAAGUUAAAAUUGAAAGCUGAUGUCGUGCGAAAGCUCAUUACUGAUAGAAUCCCUGUUCGGCUUUUGCUCCCACCAGUGCUGGGAAUAUAUUCUGAUGCUGCAAAAUCUGGGGAGUCAAGUUUAUCAAUUGUUUUUGAAAUGCUAGGCAACUUGGUUAAUUCGAUGGAUAGAUCAUCUAUUGGUGCCUAUUAUACGAAGAUUUUUGACUUGUGCUUGCUAGCACUUGAUCUUCGCCGCCAGCACCCUGCAUCAAUUAAAAAUAUCAUUAUUGUUGAGAAAAAUGUCUUAAGUGCGACUGUUACCCUGACCAUGAAACUAACCGAGACUAUGUUCAGGCCUCUUUUCAUCAAGAGUAUUGAAUGGUCUAGUUCAGAUGUUGAAGAUAGUGAAUAUACUCCCGGACAAACAAUUAAUCGUAUAAUUUCCUUCUAUGCAUUGGUCAACAAACUUGCUGAAAACCAUCGAUCACUAUUUGUGCCUUACUUCAAGUACUUGCUCGAUGGCUGUGUUCAGUAUCUUGUUCAUGCUGGUGAUACAAAACCAGGCCUGGUUCGAAAGAAGAAGACAAAGCUUCAUGAAGCAAGCAAUAACUCGAAGGACAGAGAUGUUGGAUUGUCGCUUGAAAUGUGGCAUCUAAGGGCAUUAAUUUUAUCAUCUCUACAUAAAUGUUUUCUCUAUGAUACUGGGAGCCUUAGAUUUCUUGAUUCAUCCAAUUUUCAGGUUCUUCUGAAACCAAUUGUGUCACAACUCGUCGUGGAUCCCCCAGUGUCUUUAGAAUUAUAUCCAGACAUACCAUCGGUGAAGGAAGUGGAUGAUUUGUUGGUUGCCUGUAUUGGCCAGAUGGCUGUUACUGCUGGUUCUGACCUUCUGUGGAAGCCGCUGAAUCAUGAGGUAUUGAUGCAAACUCGUGCUGAAAAUGUACGGCCCCGUAUUUUGGGUCUCAGAAUUGUCCAGUACCUUGUAGAGAAAUUGAAAGAAGAAUAUCUGGCAUUUUUGCCCGAAACAAUCCCCUUCCUUGGUGAAUUGCUCGAGGAUGUUGAGUUGCCUGUCAAAUCUCUUGCACAAGAGAUUCUGAAGGAAAUGGAAACACUGAGCGGUGAGAGCCUUCGGCAAUACCUUUGAUUGGUAUUACUUCUACCAAAUCUAAUCUGCCAAGAAAUUGCCUCCUUUGCGAUGUACCACUAGCAAGCAGAAGACAUCAGGCACUUCUUUUUCACUGUAUCUAUUGCCAAUUUUGUUAGGUUCUCUGCGGACGGCUUUUGUUGAGACGUGUCAUAUUUUAGUUCUCAGCAAAGCAAGUUGUAACAAGUUGGUUCUUAUUUGAAGACGCAGUAGAUGGCAGUUUCCUUUUAUCUUCAUCGUAGCCAUAACUUCUCUCCUGAUUGUGCAUUGAGAGGUCUCUUUAGCGUAUAUUUUCCUGCUAUUUAUGCCAAAAAAAAAAAAAAAAGUGUGUGGCAUUUAUAGUAAAGGGAAAUUUGAUUCUAUUAAAACAUGUUUUGGUUUUUUGA